GGGGAGCCGCAGCAUACGAAGCUUCGACCGGUAGUCGAGAGUCAGCCUCCGGAGCUGAGGGCAUAGCCCGGUCGAACCACGUCCUAUAAAAAACACGAUUUAUAAGUUAUAAUUAUCAAAUAAUAAUGUUUCAGUGUUGCAUCGAGCUAUGGUCGGAUUUUAGAUUUUUAUUUUUUUACAAAGGCGUAUUUUUAUCGGCCCGUGAGUGAAUUGCGGAAUUUGUGACAGAACAAUUUUUAGAGGAUUUCCACUGGCUUCAUGGACUUUCAGGGCCGCAUCAUGUCUCCAAGAAUCGCGUAACACUUACUAUGAAGCCUUGAUGAUCACUCAAAAUGACAAACGUCAAAUUAAAACUACUGUUCUUCCUCUUGAACGCGCUCCUGUCAGCUGAUUUGGUGCACUCUCGUCCUUACUCCAAUAAAAAUGUCACAGAAUUCUUCAUGAACUUUUCUAAUAACAGCACAUACACUAUACCAGUUGAUACCAAUUCGGACACUCUUAUCGUAGCUAACGAAGAUGAUGAACAAAGAAACGACGAUGAAACACCGGAAGAAACGAAUAAAAGUUCCAACAAACAAAUGGAGGCAAUCAUGAAUGCGGAACAAGACAGGGACGAAGCGCUAUCAGAGAAAGUCAUAAAAGACCAAGUCAGUAUUCUAGAAAUGACGAAAAACGAGGCUGAAGCAUUCGAAAAACAAUUGAACACGUCAAGUGCGUUGUUAGAAUCAAUGAUUGAUUCAGAGUCAGAUCGCGAGGAAACGUUAACUGAUAUUCUGUUCAGGCCCGAAUCAGAAUAUAUUGAAGGACCAAGAUUUGAAUUCCUGAUCGCAGCUAGAGUUAACGAAAGUGAUGUAAACAGGACUGCUGUGUUUAGUGAUAAUAAUUUAGAUAAAGUUGAUAGGAACUCUAGUGAUAUUCUUAGAAAGGUGGACUAUGUGGAGUUAGUUGAGGUUGCGAAACCGAAAAUUAGUGAAAACAAAAGUGCUUAUACUCUUGGUAAUAUCACAGGACAUGACAUAGAUAACGAUUCUGCUCCGGACACAAUUCUAUCUAUGUUCUCAGGCUUCACGGAUAUGCAGACUCUGUUUCUGGCCUGCUUCGGGACGCUGCUGCCUCUGCUGUUCGUCUUGUUUGCUACGCUGCUUGUCAGAUGCAUGUGCCGCCGCUGGUGUCCCGGGUGUGCGAAAAAGACAUCCGAGUCGUCUGUCUCUAUCAGCAGUGAUAAGAAUGAAAAUAAUCAACAGCUCAAAUCAGACGAUGGUGGUACGGACGGGGAGUCACCACCAGCCAACGGCUCUGUCUUCACCAUGACGCUGAAAAACAACCACCUCAUUGUGGAAACUGAAGAAAGAAGUGAUAUAAUGAACGGUCGAGAAACGAAAAUGAAAUACUCCCCAGACAACGACGGUAUCUUCGUCGUGGAAGUCCAACAAUCCGCUGCUUAUAGGCCCAAUAAAAUUCACAAUUCCCCUCCCCACGACCCCCAAAUUUCCACCAACCAAGCUCUAAUUCACCGCGUACCAGAAGAACUAGACAAACGUAUUAUUGAAGAAGACAGCGAACGAAGCAGUGAAAAGUUUGAAAGACAAGCCUUGGCCUUAUCUAGUACUGGUCUAUCUAUAUCAGACCUAAGCAUGUCGUCUAUUGGUUCUCAUAACGUUAGCUAUUCGUAUGGCAGUCAAGUGGGUUAUGAACAAGGACCAUUUGGAUACCCCAUAUAUGCUGGCUACGACGUUAAUAAAGAAGAUACAGCAGAUGCUCUAAUUCACGAUAAUUCUCAAGAACCGUUAAUUGGAAAAACACCUACAGAUCCCGAUAAACCUGUUGUAACAGCGGCCAUUUUCAAACAAGACUCUAUUAUAAGCAAUGAUAUUCUACAAGGACCAGGUUAUUGUAUCGAAGGGUCUUCAGAUGGUCCCUUACUAUCCGAUGUUCAAGCUAGAGAAGUCAGUUUACAAAAGAUACACGAUCAAAAAGAAAGGAAACUUGAGAAUGGAGUAGCUAUACCCAUUGUUGAUAAAUUUGAAAGUCCAUUGAAGACGUUUAGUAGACCCGAUGUUCCAAAUGAUGGAACGAAAAUGAUGGAAACGAUUAUAGAAGAUAAUCAUAAAGAUUCUAAAGGGAAAAGAUUACCAGCAAUAAGAACAGAUGUGUACGAAUCUGUUAAAGAAGUAAUACAAGCUGGAUCACCGAAAUUUGAGAAAUUUAAUAAUGAAAUGUCGCCAGGGGAAAGCGGUUUUGAUAGUCCCCCAAUGAUAACUAUUACUGAAGAGAGUGAAACUAAAUCAGAUAAUACUAGUUAAUUUUAAAUUAUGUAAAUACGCUGGACGUUUUCGCUUCUGUGGUGGUUAUAACUAAUCUUUAAAUUGUUUUUUAAACUUAUCAUACUGUUGUGUAUAUAUUUCAUUGAAAUUAAAGACUUUGCAAAUGGUUUCGCUUUUUCUUUCGUUGAGGAUGUUUUUAUAAAUAAUUUCGAUUUGAAAUGUUAGAACAUAAUGAACAACCAGAACUUUUUGUAAAGUUUUUAAGCUAUUAUAAACAUCUAAAAUAAAAGGUUCUUGUGUUUUAUUUUUUUCUAUUUCAUCUACUAUUUAGAGUCUAUUUCCUAGAUAAUAGUUAACGUUAAUUUUCGUUUUCGUUCACGUUUAAAAUUGCUAUUUCAUAGAUUCUAAUGUAGUUCAAUUGUUACUUUAUCUAAACAAGUCGAUGAUUAGUACUAGUCUACAUUAGAACUAUUUUACUAAUUUUUGUUACUAAUACUUUUAAAACUUCCUUAAAUCAAAAAUUCAAUAGAUCUUCUAAUUCUAGAUAUUUAACUGAAUACGUCUAGUAUUAAAUCAUCGAUAGAAUAUCAAAUUUAGAAUUAAGAUGUGAUACAAUAAUGAUAAUUUUUAUAGAUUUCUCUCUUUUUGUAUUAAAACGAAUCUCUUUCGAUUUUUUCGGU